UUAAAAUUUAUUUAAAUUCAAUAAAUUUUUUUUGAUCCGGGAUACUUUUUGGUUACAAAACGUUUUGAUUUCUUCUUGGUUUAUAUAAACGAAUAUGCAACGAUCAAGAACACAAAAUAACAAUAAUAACAAUAAUAGUAAUAAUCAACAACAACAGCCACCAGUGUUAACAAUGAAUAAACCAUUAUCAAUAAUAUUAGAUAUUGAAGGUACAAUAAGUGAUAUAAAAUUUGUAUCACAUAUAUUAUUACCAUUUACAAGAAAUAAUAUUCGAAAUUAUUUUGAUGAUCAUUUUGAUCGUGAUGAAUGUCAAGAAAUGAUUGAUCGUUUAAGACAAACAAGACGUUAUUAUCCGGAUUAUCCACAGAUAUUACCAUUAUCAGCCGGUAAAUCAUUGGUUGUAAAAACAGUUAGCGAAUAUGCAUUAACACAUAUUGUUAAUCGUAAUCGUAUGUCUGAAAUAAAACAAUUACAAAUAUUAUUAUGGAUUUGGGGUUAUGAAAAUGGUUUGUUACGUGGUCAUGUUUAUGAUGAAGUUACAACCGUAUUACAUAAUUGGAAACAUUCACAACAGAUAAAAAUUUAUGUUUUUAGUUCGGCAAUGGUAUCUGCACAACAAUUAUUACUUUGUUGUACUAAUCAUGGAAAUUGUUUGCCGCUGAUAACAGAUUUUUUCGAUUCAUCAAUCGGCGAUAAAUGUAAUCCACAAUCAUAUUGGAAUAUUUCACAAAUAAUUGGUGAAUCACCAGGGAAAAUUUUAUUCAUUACUGAUAAUAAUAAAGAGGCAAAAGCCGCUUUGAGCGCAAAUUAUUGUGUUUGUCUUAUCAAACGAACCGACGGUGGUUGUUCGUAUAAAAAAACAUCACCAACAACAAGCUCUACAACAACAAUACAAUAUACUGAUGAUGGUAUACCGAUUAUUAAUACAUUAGAAGAUAUUAAAUUUUAUUGAUAAUUAAAUU